AUGGCUCCCGUAGCAAUAUGGCGGCUGUCUCUCGCAAUAAAAAUUGUUUCCCCCUCCCACUUCUGUCUCUUUCUUUCUUUCUUCCAAACGCCUCGGGGUAUCUAUCUAUCUAUCUAUCUAUCUAUCUAUCUAUCUAUCUAUGCCUAUAUUUAUAUGUCUAUUGCAGUCAGCACAUUAUCUAUCUAUCUAUCUAUCUAUCUAUCUAUCUAUCUAUCUAUCUAUCUAUCUAUCUAUCUAUCUAUCUAUCUCAAUCAUUACAAUAUCUAUCUAUCUAUCUAUCUAUCUAUCUAUCUAUCUAUCUAUCUAUCUAUCUAUCUAUCUAUCUCAGUCAGUACAAUAUCUAUCUAUCUAUCUAUCUAUCUAUCUAUCUAUCUAUCUAUCUAUCUAUCUAUCUAUCUCCACUUUAUUAUGAGUCGCACAGAAAAAGCAGUUGAUAAGUUAAAAUCUCUCUCCUCCUAUCUAUCGAAACUUCUUAUCUCUCUAACAGGUUCUAUUCCUUCCUUCCUUCCUUCCUUCCUUCCUUUCUAUCUAUCUAUCUAUCUAUCUAUCUAUCUAUCUAUCUAUCUAUCACAGUCUGUUCAUAUCUAUCUAUCUAUCUAUCUAUCUAUCUAUCUAUCAAACGCUUUUAAAACAUUCAUAUUGAGAUAUCAGACUUCAUAUCUAUCUAUCUAUCUAUCUAUCUAUCUAUCUAUCUAUCUAUCGCUGCAAGAAUGUGUUGAACAUUUUCAGCCGAAAACAUAA